AUGGUUUUCACUCUGGCUGUUGUGCAGGUGGUUGACCAGAUUGACACGCUGACGUCCGACCUGCAGCUGGAGGAUGAGAUGACAGACAGUUCCAAAACGGACACGCUCAAUAGCAGCUCCAGCAGCACAACAGCUUCCAGCCUGGAGAAAGUCAAGGUGCGGGGCAGCGCACCGCUCAUCAAGCCGCCUGCGCACCCCUCCGCUAUCCUCACCGUGCUGCGGAAGCCGAAUCCGCCCCCGCCUCCGCCGCGACUGACACCCGUCAAGUGUGACGAGCCUCCGAGGCUGCCUCCUUCGGCCAACCCUGUCAAGACUAAUGGUACCCUGCUGCGAAACGGGGGCUUGCCAGUUGGGCCCAACCGUACCCCGAACGGAGAUAUAUGCUGUAUACCGAACAGUAAUUUGGAGAAAGUUGUGAUGCAGCCUCUGAUGCACAGACCUGAGAAAGAGCGGUGUCCUCAGCCGGGAGCAAGGGAACGGGUACGAUUUAGUGAAAAAGUGCAGUACCACGGCUAUUGCCCCGACUGUGAUGUUCGGUAUAACAUUAAAAACAGGGAGGUGCACUUGCACAGUGAGUCUGCCCGUGUUGUGGGAAAGCUGCCGCACCAGUGCCCUCCUCUGCCACCUCCACCACCUCCGCUGCCUCCAUUUCCUCUGGAAAAUGGAGGGUUGGGGAUAAGUCCCAGUAAUAGCUUUCCUCCUCCGAGACCUGCAACUGUGCCUCCACAAACCGCACCAAAACCCCAGAAGACCAUCCUGAGGAAAUCAACCACUACAACAGUGUGAUGUAUGCCACUCGAAACAACUCUUUGUUUUUUCCUCUAUAUAAACAUAAAUAGGUAAUGAGCACUUUCUACUUGAGCAAUAAAAAGACCCAAUGUAUUACUCCCUGCGUCC